AUGACGGUGCGCACCUACAUCCGCAAGUUCGUCCUGAUGAACUGGAAGAACCACAAACUACAGAUGGCCAAUCCUUUGGAGCUACUGGUCAUAGUGCUAUUGCCUCCAUUGUUCACCGUUUUGGCGGUGAUAAUGCGGUUCAUUAUAGCACUGGAUCCCCGAUCCGACAAGGUGUACGAUCCAAUCGAUCUGGAUCGGAGCUGGAUGCAAAUGGCGGAGAAACUGGAGAGGGCGCAUAAAUUGGCCGACGAACACAAUGUAAAAGGGAAUCCGUUUACACCGCAUCUGAUCAUCGGCUGGGCACCGAAGAGCUAUAGUAUCUUUAGGUCAAUGAUGCGCAGGGUCCAGAAGCAAGUGGACCCAAUGACCACGAUAGGUUUCGAGGAUUGCCACAAUCUCAAGGAAUCGAUAAUCGAGAACAGCCUGUUUGCGGGCAUCUGUUUCGAUGCGACUCCAUUCCCGGAGGGGCAAUCCUUUGAGGAGGACACUUUGGAGAGCUAUGAGACCAUCCAGCCGGUACUCAACUACACGAUCCUUCUGCCCAGCGAGCUGAGGAUACUGGACGGUGACUUUCGGAUGGCCAACUGGAUGACUCUGUACAAUGACGAUCCUUACACCUAUGUUCUGUUACGACUUAACCAGCCGUAUGAAGGCGGAUUCGUGGGCUACGUUCGCGAGGGCUUCAUCCAACUGCAGAAGGCCGUCAGCGAGUCCUUCCUGGCCCUAACCAGCCAUAAGUCCUUGCCGCUUAUUCAGGUCAGGCGCUUUCCCGUCACCGGGCGCAAACAGGAUCCCCUGAUGAACAAUCUUACCUAUGGCUUGCCCCUGCUAAUCGUUAUCGGGUUCCUUUUCCCCGCUCAGCUGUUCGUCUGGCAGGUGGUGACUGAGAAACAGACGCAAGUUCGCCAGUUUCUGAUCAACAUGAACAUUGGCAAUCUCAUUCACUUUGUUUCGUGGUAUCUCAAGGGCAUGGUAUACAUGAUGAUCAGCUCGCUAAUCAUAACGGUGACCCUAAAGAUACGGUGGGCCCACGAGCACAGUGUGCUGACUCAAACACCAUGGUACGUGCUGAUCAUAGUGCUAUUCUGCUACAACUCGGCGUCAAUUGCCUUUGCGAUUAUGGUGGCAGCGUUUUUUCGGAAUGCGAUCAACGCAGUUCGGGUGUUGACGACCCUUUGGAUAAUGACCUAUGUGCCCGCCUUCAUUCUAUGGAAUGGCAAGGAAGGAAAUAUCCUGGCCAUGCGCUACGCGGUGUUUGCAUUACCGAAUGUGGUCGUAACUCUCGUAUUCGAGUUUCUGAUUGAACGGGAAUCAAUUGUCCAUGUUGCGUGGCAAGAUUUUGGCUAUAGCCUCAGCGAUCCAAGUGCUACCAUUACGGUAACCUCUAGCACCUGGAUCUUAAUGCUGGACUCUUUGAUUUACUGUGUUAUUGGUCUGUAUGUGGACAUGUGGCAUGGCCGUGACCGAUCCGGUAAGAGGAUGAAAAAGCCAAACGCGAAUGCCAACAGUGUGCACGAUGAUCCGUAUAACGAACGGGCGGAUAGCUUUACACACCAGGGUCAGGCCAUUGGGGUCAAUUCCACAAAAAUCUAUGAAGUGGAACCCUCCCACCGGCGUUUCAAACUGAAGAUCAAGAAGCUAUGCAAACGCUUUGCGGCCAACGAUCGGCCGGCGUUGAACCUUUUCUCGUGGAAUGUGUACGAGAACGAGGUCACCGUACUGAUGGGGCACAAUGGCUGUGGCAAGAGUACCCUGCUUAAGAUAGUGGCCGGCUUGGUGGAGCCCAGUCGGGGCACUGUGAUGAUAUCCAGCUACAACAUACAAACUGAAAGGAAGGCGGCCUCGAUGGAACUGGGCAUCGCAUUUGGUAAUGAAAUGCUCUUGACCGGCCUAACUGUCAUCGAUUAUUUGCGAUUCAUUUGCCGUGUGAAGGGUCUGCAUAAUAAGAUCGAAAUCGAGGGGCAGGCAAAUUAUUUUCUUAACGUCUUGCAAAUAGGAGAUAUUAAGACGACACGAAUCCGUAAGCUCGCUGGCCGUGAGUUGUGCUUGGUUAGCAUUUGCUGUGCCUUCGUGGGGAAUAGUCCCAUAAUCCUGAUAGACGACAUACACUCGGAUCUUGACAAGCACACACAGGCGCUGGUCUGGAAUCUUAUCAACGAGGAGAAGUCCAAGCGCACCAUUAUCCUGGUCUCCAAUUCCCCAGCACUAGCUGAAAAUAUUGCCGACCGUAUGGCCAUUAUGUCUAAUGGGGAACUCAAGUGUACCGGAACGAAACCCUUCUUGAAAAAUAUGUACGGACACGGCUAUCGAUUGACCUGCGUAAAGGGCGAUAACUACAAGACGGAAGACCUGUACCGCCUGCUGACUAGCUAUAUGCCCAAUAUUGGCAUCGAGAGGGACAUUGGCUACAAGAUAACAUUCGUGCUGGAGAACAAGUAUGAGGAUCAGUUUCCGUUGCUGCUCGAUGAACUGGAGCAAAAUAUGAAGCAACUGGGAGUGGUCAGUUUCCGUAUCAGGGACACCUCGAUGGAGGAGAUCUUUCUGCGUUUUGGUUGCGAGGAGAACGACCAGAGCGGCGCUUUUCAGUCGCACGAGAAUACCCAAAUCCUGCUCGAGGAGUACUAUGCCAUCUUGGCGGAGGCCAAUGAAAAGGGUCGAAGGACUGGGUGGAAAUUGAAUAUGUUGCAUGCCAGGGCGGUGUUAUACAAACGUUGGAUCUCGUCCACCCGUCAUUGGAUCGUUUUGGUUUUCGAGUUAUUGGCCACUGCCCUGGUAGCAGUAUGCUGCUUCUCCAGCAUUUUUGUCUUUGGCAAGCAGUAUGAGUUGGAGCCGCUGACCUUUAACCUCAGCCAACUGCACACCGUCGAUGCCUUCGUGGAGCUCUUCUCCGAGGAAGAGGACGUCAAGGAUAUGCAUGCCUAUUACACAGAAUUGCUCUAUUGGUACGAUGCUCAUGUGGCGACCGUGACGAGGAAUAGACAUAAUACGUACACCCUGUUGACUCAAAGCGAAUUUACCAGCCACGUCAACUCUCGCUUCAUAUUUGGUGCAACUUUUGACCAGCAGAUCGUCACCGCCUGGUUCAAUAAUAUACCAUUGCACGCAGCGCCCUAUGCCCUCAAUAUUGUCCACAAUGCAGUGGCCAGGCACUUGUUUGAUGAGGAAGCCACCAUUGAUGUUACCCUGGCUCCGUUGCCGUUCCAGACCAGCAUCAACACCUUUCCGCCGAGCAAUCAUUCCUUUGGCGGCUGCUUGGCCUUUGCUAUUGCCUUCGUGCUGACCUUUAUUUGGCCGGCCUUUGCGAUUUUUAUGAUCAAGGAGCGCGGUAGCCUAUUGAAAAAGCAACAGUUUUUGGCCGGAGCAAGAUGUUGCAGCUACUGGAUCUUCACGGUGCUGUAUGAUCUCAUCUUUCUGCUGAUCCUGUGCGUAAUGGUUGUGGUUAUGGCGGUCGUCUACAAGGACCCCAACCACGAUAUUGAGCUAUACGUCUUUGUGGCAAUUACUGUGUUGCUGGCCGGACUCUGGGUGAACCUGCUCGCAUAUUUGAUAUCGGGCCUGUGUCGGAACCCGUGCUAUGGAUUCUUAUUUCUGUGCUGGAUAAACAGCUUGGGUCUCGUCUACUUCUCGCAAGUCUAUAGAAAUGGUUUCGACAAUAUGGGUCCCGAGCCGAGCUUUUUGGUUAUGUACACUAUGGCCGUGGUGAUAUGCAAGCUCUUUGCGAUCGACGAAUACAAGCUGAUCUGCAUGGAUCCCUUUGUGAACUUCACCUCAGUCGAGGUCUACGAGUGCAAGACUAUUCCCAAUUGCUGCACAAACUCGAACUAUACUACUCCCGGCACGGGCGUUGGCCACGAACUUAUUCUGCUGGCGGCUCUCAUUAUUGUACUUGGGGUCCUGCUGAUUGCCAUAGAGUAUUAUUCGAUAGUGGGAUUUCGAGAGUUCUGCGCGUCUAAGAAGGCUGCUGUUCAGACGGAUGAGAAUCAGGAAGGCAGGUCGGUCCCUGGCCAAAUGUCCCAAGAUUCUACGUUUCGUAUGCAAAGAUACCAGGCCAGCAAUAUGACGGAAGCGGAGCGCAACAAGUUCGCCGCUGUUGGGAUUGGGGUUGUCGCCAAUUAUCGACGAAACCGAGUGCUUAAUGGCGUGGACUUCUCUGUGGCCAAAUCCGAGUGCGUGAGUAUCUCGGGAGCGAACAACUCCGGCAAGUCGACUCUGUUAAAGCUGUUGGUGAACGAGAAGAAGAUGUCGAGUGGCCAGAUUUGGAUCAAUGGCUACUCGAUGCGGCGUCAUCGAAUCAAAUGCUACCAGAUGGUUGGCUACUGCCCGCAGAGGGACAAUCUUCCGGCGGAGUUCACCCCGCGGGAACUUCUCUACAUUCACGCCUUGCUCCAGGGACACAGGGACCAGAUUGGCCGGGAAAUGUCGGAAUCGCUGCUACGGUUGAUGGGCUUAACUCCAUGUUGGAAUCGAUCAGUUAGCAUGUGUACUACAGGUCAAAUCCGACGGUUAUACUUCGCCUACGCCGUAUUGGGAUCUCCCGAGUUAAUCUGUGUGGACGGUGUACCAUGUGGACUAGAUCCCACUGGCAAGCGAAUCAUUCUGAUGAUGACAUCCACUAUGCAAGAGAUGGGCUCCAGCUUCCUGUACACCAUGCUCACAAAUCUGGAUGGUGAGCGAUUGUGCCAGCGAACACCAAUUCUCUUGGAGGGCCACCUUUGGAUGCUCGGAUCGAUGGAUGGACAAAACGAGAACUACAAGGACGGAUAUCAGCUGGAGAUCCGAUUCAAGCGAAAAGUUAAUCCCAAUGUCAGUAUGUCACGGGCCACCUGGAAUCUUAUCAAUCACUUUCCCAUGUCACCGAAUAAGAAAUUCAGCGCCUUUAUGGAGAUCAAGUUCCCCGAGGCCGUGCUCAAAAUUGAGAAGGAAGACUCGAUGGUGUUCCAACUGCCCGUGGGCACCACAACAUUCUCGGAGAUAUUUCUUACACUGCGGAAAGAUGCCUUCGAAAUGAACAUCGAAGACUAUUUUAUAACGCGCAACAUGCGCAUAGGCCUUCAGAUAUUUACCAUUGAUCAGCAUAACGACUAUCCAUAAGUAAACGUUAUGGGCAGCAUUAACUUUUUAGUUUCCAAGUCGAAUGUUAAACAAUAUUGAGUGUUAAACCCGUUUCAUAACCCCUUUUAAAUACUAUUACGACAGUGUUUUACAUACAGAUAAAAUUUAAUUCAAUCGUAUAGUAGACAUUUAACAUAAUUUGUAAAUUCUCAUAUGUAUCGUAGGGUUUGUGCCACAGUUAUAGUAAAUUGACUUAUUUACACGCUUUGGUUAGCCGAUCUAAGUACAUCGAAAUAAAUACACAUAUUACUAUAUGCAACAAGUUUUCUUUGGGCGCUGGGAAUAGUUUCCGGCCAAUUCUCUGGCCAAUACUUUUUUUGGGCAAAAACAAAAAUAUAAGAAAAGUCUAAAAGAACUUAUCGUGCAUGUGAAGCAGAUAUAACUAUACAUAUAUGUUACAUUAUAUAUAUAUACCAAACAUACAUUUUAUAGAUCUCUUUGUUGCUGUGUAAAAUUUCGCUAGAUGAUCACAAUGAAAAGAAGGCAUAAUAGCUGCUAUCUAUUGUCAGGUCGAGCUUACAAACUAUUUGUUAGCUGUUCAGGCAUCGUCGUUCUUUUGGUAACAUUAUUAUCUGUGAGUGUUUAAGAUCAGGUCAGGAUCGGAUCGAAUUAGUGUGGAUCAAAUCCUUCAGGUAGUUGGUUCAAUACUCAUUAGCUAGCAGGCACUUGCACAACUUUCUCAAUUUGGAGAGGCGGCUAGAUAUUGUGGGGAAACGUUUCAGAAGGGAGUAGAAAGAACAGA